CCGGGGGCUGCGGUGCAUGGUUCAAUUGUGACCAACUCUUUUUUUAUCUAUUCCUCGAGUGGAAGAAACAAUCAAACAAGAAAAAAAGAAGAAGUACAAUGAUAAUAGAAAGAUUAUCAAGGGCGAGGAAUUGAAUCUGAAAAGGGAAUGCAAGCCAUCAUCGGGCUUGAUCGUCCAUCGCCUACUACUUGCUACCUUCGCGCCUGGUACUGAUCGAGGGGGCGACGAAAACACACUGUACUGCUCAUUCUUUGAACCACAAGGGCGUUUCUCAUGGUCGGACUUGUGUUUUGAGCGACGCUGCCCGCCUUUGGAAACACAGGAAGCACUUGUUGAACAAACAACCGACCAACCGUUGUUUGCGAGGCGAACGAGAUUUUGACGGCUUCUUCGGUUUUGAAAGAGCAACUGGCGGUAUUCGCAAGCCCUCCCCACCCCGCAGCUCGUCUGCUGUCUGUCUAUCGACCUACCUACCUAGUUACCUACCUUCGGUAUUCUGGCGGGUAGGUAGUCAACUACAAGUCUUGAAACGUUGGGGACUUGGGUCAUAUCUUUCUUUCUCUCUUUCUUUUUUCGGAUGGUGGUUCGAGGCUUUGCAACGUCGUAUUCAUUCAACAAGAACAACAACAACAACAGGGGGGGCCAAUCACCUCAACCAAAAGUAAAUCCUAAAGUCACCAACCAUCACAACCACAUUUUGUCGACACCAUGACGUCCGUGGCAUCUUCAGGCACCUCGCCGAGGUCUGGCUAUGACCCACUACAUGGUGAAUUUCUCACCGACGAUGAGUCUUGGGCCUUUAUCGACCAGACCGGCGCCUCGAACGCUGGCUCCGUGGGCUUCUUCCCCAGCCCCGAGUCGGGCAGCCUGCGGUCGUAUGGGAUUGUUGCCCACCAGAAUCAACUCCAACCGUCGCCGCCGGCACCAUCGCCUCUGCAACUGGAUCAGGACCACAUCCACCAUCACCAGCAACAUCGGCAACAACACCAGCAGCCACAGAUCGCAGGCCAUGUCUUCGCCGGCGAUGCUGGCAUGUUUGCAGACCAGCACCUGUCUCAAUCAUACCGAGAUGAUGGUGCCCCCAUAAUGGACCAUAAUUCGUUCCCUGAGCAUCCCACCCUCAUCGAGCAGAUGACAAUUGCUGAUCACCUGCCGUUCCUGUCCAACAUCGACAAUUUGAACGGCCACCUUGGAACCCAGGGAAUCAUGGCGGGAAAUUUUAUCCAGGCACCUUUUAAUGACGGAACAAAUGAUUUUGUAUUUGGUGACCACGAAUCGAUACAUUUCGAUUCCUAUGGGAACCCCUUUCUGGGACUCGGUUCAGCUCGGGCCGUGCCAGGGACAGGAGUGCAGUCGCCUGCGAGCCUGGGCCAGCAUACAUCACCUCACGCGUCAUCGUUGGGCAUCCCAUCCACCAUGCAGUCCGACGCCAACGCCGCACCAUGGGAUCCUUCGGCAGCUAUGUUGCCCAAGCAGGAUCAGGGUCAAGGCUUGUCUUUGGAGGAUUUUAUGUCCUCAUCUUCUCCCGGGGCUCCCACCACACCACCACCGUCGCAGAGCCCCGCCCAGUCGGCCAGCCCCAUGUCUCCCGAAGUGAAGCAAGAACCCGGCACCUCGAGGAGGAGCUCCGGUACGGCAUCGACGGCCCCAAAGACGAUCAGGAAGGUCAAGGGCGGCGCGCGGGUGGAAAAGAAGAAAUCGCCAUCCGAAACCGCCGUCAGCGGCAGCAUGAGCAGCAGCACCGGGGCCUCGGGGUCAGGCGCGUACAAGUUCAUCACCAUGACGUCCACCGCGGCUGCCGCGCAGGCUGGCAAGCCUCACAUCUUUGAGUGUUUUGAGCGCAUGACGCAGAGGGGUAGGAAAGGUCCGCUGCCAAACGAGACCAAAAAGAACGCGCAGAUUGUUCGUCGGGUCGGGGCAUGCUUCUGUUGCCAUGCGCGCAAAGUCAAGUGCGAUGCGGAACGGCCGUGCAAGAACUGCAAAAAGUUGGCGGUACAGGUCCCUCAGAUUGUCUGCUGGCAGUUUGGGGACUUCUUGAAUAUCCUGUUUCCGGACCUCAUCAGGGGCCACUUUCGAAAGGACCAGAUGGCUAAGUUCGUCGCGGAUAACGUCAAGGAAUUCAGGAUCGACGGCUCGGAAAGGCAAUGCACCGUCGAGCUCAGUUCGGGCACGCGGCUUGCAUCCAUCCUCAUCAUCCCCGCCAAGGCCUUCAGCCCCAAUGAUCCCGACAUCCUGCAGCAUUGGCGGCAGGACAACGAGCCGGACGGCACGGUGCGGCUGUCGCACGGCAUUGCGGCGCCCAUCGGCCUCGACGUGGAAGGCUCGUCGGGCGUCAGCGCCCAGAGGGAAGAGCUCCGCAAGAUCGCCAAGGAGUACAUCCAGUCCAUCAUCCGGGAACCUUGCUUCGCCGACGAGAUGACGGCGUCGAUCCGCUCGACGGACCUCCCCGGCAAGGUCCUGCGCAUCGUUCAGACGUACGCGCUCCGCAGCCAGUCAGACAUGGUCAAGAGGGCCCUGAGCAUCUACACCAUCAACUACGUCAUGUCGCGCCACCUGACCUUCACCCCGCGCGGGCUCAACAAGCUCGUGCGCAUGGGCCUCGUGUCGCCGCACCACGCCGUCCAGACCCCGCGCCUGCUCGCGCGCCAGUUCAAGGCCGUCCUGGACGAGAUCAACCUGCGCGAGAUGCAGCUCAUCUUUGAGUCGUUUUCCAAGUCUCUCAAGCCAAAGGUCCGCAAGGAGUGGGCGCCGUGCCUGGCCGCCUUCUUGGUCCUGACCCUCUUCAUGGAGGAGGUCGAGGUCUCGCUCGACGUCUUUGGCACGUCGCAAAACGAAAUCAGCAGCCUCCGCGGCGACCUGCACCCCUUCGACCGCAGGGAGAUCCUCGACAUCAACGCCGAGAUUGAAAACAUGCCCUUCAAGCAGUUCGCCUACCAGUUCCACCAGAUCUACCAGACCCACUCCACCGACGCCUCGGCCCGGCCCUUCAACCCUCUCGUCGACGACGGUCUGCUCAAUGAGCAGUUCAUGGACCAGCCCGCCAUCGACAUGGUCAGGGGCUUGAGGGAAAUAUUAUGGGGUAUGGAUAGCGAAGCCGAGUUGGACUUCCUUGCUGAGCUAGAUAGCGACGUCUCGCACCCUUACCCUUCGGAUCUGUCGUGCAGGUAUUCCGGGAGGUUGAUGGCAAGGUUCUUACUAUCGUUUACUAAUAUUCAGCGUCUGCUUGUCCAUUAGUUUUGCAUUUUCAAAAAGGACGAGGUUAAAUCUGGAUGAGGUUUCGUGAAAUUAUUCCUUUUUAUUUCUCGAUUUUGUUUGUCUACUUUGGAUAUUCGCUCGUGGUAUACUGGCGUUCAGGGUUUGCAUUUAGAGUACAGCAGGAAGAUUUAAUCAACCAUUCUUUGGAUGAA